ACCACGAUCCUUUAAGCUUAAGGACCGAAUCUGUGGACCGUGGCGUGAAGCGCCAUUGAUUGAUGUGACUUAAGUGGACUCGACGCGGACGAGUGGCCUUUGAAUUUAGAAAGAGAAACAGGAAUGAACCGCGCGACGUGUAGAGAAGCGGUCGAGUCCGACAUGGAAGUUCCGCUCGCCUCUUAGAAGCGUGUUUCGAGCGCGCGCCUCUCUCCGUUUCUGGCGGUCCGCGCGCGCGGGCUGCCCUCGUGCUCGUCCCGGGGUCCGUCCGCGCGCAGGCUCCUCCUCCACCCCCAUCUUCGUCGCCGAUCGGCUUCCUGACGACGCCGGCGGUCGUUUUUGUUUCUCGACUCAUGGCUGAAGCCAGACUCGUAGAAGACGAGGAGGAGAUUAGAGGACUGAGAGAACCUGUAAGGAUCCGAAACUCAGCUACAGACCACUCGGAGGGGAACAAGCCAGACCACCGCCUGUCCAGUCAAGGAGCUCUGUCCUCUAUUAGAGCAGCCAUCAGGAGACCAUUGAGAACCAGUCACUGCAACACCUCUCGGGACAGAAGCUCUCGCAGGCGGCCAGAGAUAACUGUCGUGUCUGUAGAACCACUGUCUUCAAACCCCUGGUUUGCUACGGCUUCUGGGGAAUUUCCACUCCAUCCACCGUGUAGUGAACCAGUCUGGUGCCAACGCUUCCCAGAAGCUGUUCAGCACCCACCAUCCUAUGAACAAGUGAUCAGGGAGAAGAGACUGGAGGAAAAUGUAUCCUGUGCUAUUACUCCUAGACAUGCUGCUACCAAAACCAUUGCCACACAAACUGAUGUGCUAGAUAAUAACACCUCUGUCAAAGAAUACAAGUCAGCUUCCCAGUCUAUUGCUAAAAAGCCCCAGAAACCACCCAGAUUGCUUGAAGCCCCCUUGGUGUUGUGCCAGUCUACAGGUUCAGCAGAGACUCAUCCCCGUGAAGAACCAAAUCUGAUAGUUGCUCAGAGUCCUGACACCUCCAAUUUAGACCCAAUAAGCAACUCUUUCCUGACUAACUCUGAGCAGCUCUGUCUCCCAUCUGAGCCCUGCAAACCCUGUUCUACUGACACUAAGAACUGUGCUGUGAGAACUGAUCAGAGUCCUUCUGACUUUGGUUUAGACUCUAUAAGCAACUCCUUGCGCAACACUGAGCAACUGUGUAUUCCUGCUGAGACUUGCAAACAUUGCUCUCUCCCUGUAGAGGAACCUACAGACACUAAGAACAGUACUGUGGAAGCUGAUCAGAGUUUAGCCACCUCCAGUUUAGACUCCACAAACGAUCCAUUUCUGUCUGCCACUGAACCACUCUGUGCCUCUGCUGAGCCUUGUGCACCCUGCUCUGUCUGUGUAGAGGAACCUACCAGAGAUUUUCCCACUAACUCAAGUCUGCCCAAACCCACCCGUCCAAUACCACGUCCCCGCACCAAACCCAACCUGCAGCUUGUCAACAGGGAGGUCAAAGUGCAGACACUGGUCAGGUUUAAAGAUGAUGGGGAGUCUGCCUUGGUGAUCCCUUGUACUGCAGAGGUUUCCUCAAGCAGCUAUUUGAGUGACCUCUUGGAUGUUUUUGGCGAGGGUGAGCUGAGCCAAAGUGAACAGAGAGACGAUACCUCAGAGAGUGACAUGUGUGACAACGACAAUAUGAGCACCUUGCACAGCCAACGCAACAUCCGGGCCAGGAUCCAGGCCUUUGAGAAUCAGGCCAGCAUGGAUAGUGGCAAUGGAGCACCUGUGACAAAACCAGAACCAUUCCCACGCACACAGCAGCCAAAUCCCCCAGCGGUGCCCAUCAAACCAGCCAUUGUUCCAAAGCCCACCAACAGGGGUUUCUUAGAGGAGACCCCUGCCCCCAUGCCAGUCCCCAGCCUUGCCCCUAAGCCCCAGCUUCCUCCAAGGAAUGCAGAAGAAGAGAAUGGGUUGGGAACUGUGACUCCUUCUAUGAAGGCUACGGCUUUGCCACCCUCAAGGACGUCCGUACUCGCCCGGGCAAAUAGUCUUAUGGCCCAGGGGUACCAGCCUAGUGCUAGACGUCCCACUCCACCUGUCCUGCCAAAGUCUAGCCUGGACCUGGGUUCACUCACCAACAACACAGCCCCACUGCCUGUGUCAGACAUCCCAGGGCUGGAUGACUGGGAGACAACAGGUAGUGUUCCAGCGAAACCUUUACGUGCAGUUCAGAGUAUUCCUAGUGGGCCAAGUGUUUCUCGAAAGCCUUCAGUGAUCAGAGUCCCAAGUAAGCUUGGUUCAACAUGUGAAGAUGAACCUCAGGACACACCUUUUUCACUGCCAGUCCAGUGGCCCAUAGGUGGUCGGGUUCCAGCUGUGACACGGAAGCCAAGUAUUACAUCAAAACCUACUUACCAGGCAGAACUGCAGGAUUCUAGUCAUCCCGAGAUUGUCAGCAGCUCUGUGCCUGCCUUGUCCCUUCCUCCUCGACCCAUUGGAGGCAAAGUGCUUCCCCCUCGGCCUCCACCAGCCAAAGUGGGGCCAGGACGCCCCCCUCCUCCAAAGACUGGUGCCACCCACCGCUCUUCCUUCCAGGCUGGGACAAGUGUGUCUACAUCCAGACAACGUCAAAGUCAGAGGACAUCCAAGCAAGGUCCUGUACUGCCCCCCAGGCCCAACCCUGGACAUGCACUCUACAACAAAUACACACUGGGAGUUCCACAUGGAAUUGCAGAGUUUGACUACAAUGGCACAAAUUCAGGCGAGCUUUCCUUUCAGAAAAAUGAGGUUCUGUUGCUGCUAGAACAGAUUGACAGCAAUACCUUUGAGUGCCAAGUUGGGGAUACCAGGGGACGUGUGCGCAAGUCCUACAUGAAGAUCAUCACUCCUCUUUUUAAUGUCUCUGGUGAUUCAGACCUGGAGGCUACAAGUUUCAACCAAACUAGACGAGGAGUGAGCAGUGAUCUAGAAGUGCGCGCUCUUCAUGACUUUACUCCAGAGAGCCCUGAAGAACUGGCACUAAGGGUGGGAGACACAGUGUCCAACAUAAAGGAAGUGGACAGCGAGUGGUAUUCUGGAACCUGCCGAGGACGCACUGGAUUCUUCCCAAGAAACUAUGUCAAAGUGCUGGUGAGUGCUUCCACAAUCCCCCCUCCACCAGCAAGUGGAAAGAGAAGGCGCCCAGGGCCACUGGAAGUCAGUGGCCCUCGGUGUGUAGCACGGUUUGACUUUGAAGGCGAGCACAGUGAUGAGCUGACCUUCUCCGAAGGAGAUGUGAUUCAACUAAAGAAGUACGUGGAUGAAGAAUGGGCAGAGGGGGAGCUUGGCAGUCACGCGGGCAUUUUCCCCCUCAACUUUGUCGAGGUCAUAGAGGACUUGCCGGCCCCGCCUUCCCAGCAGUUUCUUCCAACAAAGAUGACACUUCCUGGUAUGACUUCUAAGAAUCAGGAGAAACAUAGCCAGUCUGAACCUUCAGAAGGGGAGUGGGCUGUGACUUUGUAUGACUUCACAGCCGAGACAGACCAGGAACUCACCCUUCAGCAGGGGGACCGUGUCCUGGUCACAGAGCGUGUUGAUGCUGACUGGUGCUCUGGCAAGCUGCAUGGCAGAGAGGGGCUCUUCCCCUCUGCCUUUGUGGAGUUCUGCGCAGGUAAGGGGGCUCAUGCAGGGGGAUGCUUGAGGAGCUCACGGGGAUUGAAGGAGAUGGUUGACGACUCUUGUUUUCCAGCCCUGCCGCCAGCCAUCACAGAGGGAGCGCAAAGAGCAAGAGCUUUGUAUGAUUUCAGCUCGCAGUGUGAAGAAGAGCUGUCCAUGAAGGUGGGUGACAUUAUUAUAGGAGUGGAGUCUGUCGAUCAUGAAUGGUUUGUUGGGGAACUCCAUGGCCAGCGUGGAUUGGUCCCCAAGAGCUACAUCCAGCUUCUCUAGAAACCAUCAAGGUACAGAAAUGGCCAAAUGAAAUCUUUAAAAAUGGAGCACAUUAAAGAAUACACUAAUCUUCGAAGAUGAUGGCUGCAACCUCAGCUGAACUGUUAAGACAAAUGCUAUUAAUUUUCCCUCUGUGGCCGGAUGAAUGAAUACAGGACUGGAUAUCAGUCACAAGUCACAAACCGACCAUGACCCUGCACUAUUUCUUGUACUUUAUGAACACUCAAGUCCACCUAUCUGUAUAUUCCCAGACCAUCUUGAUUAUCACCACCAGCUGAAUGGAAUGUGCCAAGAAAGGUAUUUCUAAAUACAGAGAAAAUAAUCUAUACAUUAAAAUGGAGAAUGCUUUGAUUCAAGGGUAAUUGUAAGUUUUGGAAAUAUUUUUGUACAUACUACGAUGCAGCAGUUGCCUCUCAGUACUACAAGCACCGGGUUAGAAGCAAUCCAACAAUAUUCACGUUUCUUGAGAACUGUUGCUAUUUGAAAUGGAUACUUGAGGUUUGAGUUUCUUUUAAUAACGUUUCCUUAAUAUUUUGGACAGAGGAAUUAAGCAGUUUUUCCAUUUGUGUAAUGUGAAGUAUCCAAUACAGGAUAUUGUAGCAGUGUUGAUAAAAGUACACAAUUUUCUUCAUUUUCAAACAGGACUUCAGCGCUGUAGUUAAAAGCUUUGUAUUAAACCAAAGAAAUGAGUCAGCAGAACAGUUCUAAUAAACUAUCAAGUUUUUCCAUUAUGGGUUGGUGAACUGCUGUCCACUAUCAGGUGUGUAGCGGUCGGCUGUGGCUUCAAAGGAUCAGGUCUGCUGGGAAACGCAAUAAAAUAAGCAGGAGCAUUGCUCAGAGUGUAAGACUAUCACAUUCCACUGCAUCCACUGAAGGAGGCUGACCUGCCACAGAUUAUAGUAAACAGAUGUAAUUUAAAUGUCAAAACAAUCAUGCAUUAAGACUAACUUUCUAUUAGCCAUAGAGAAACUGCUAAAAACUCCACAUAUUUAUACAUUUUUCACAGCUAAAGUGAAAGUCAAAUGCAACUUUAGCUAUUUAUACAACUGGAUACUUUACAGAUGAAAUUCAGGACACUUAUCGGUACAAAAACGGGUCCGUAGUAGGACUUCAAAUUGACACGCUGUAGCUUACAAGUCUAUUUCAAUAUCAGUUUCAGAUUUUAAAUACUGGAUGUAGGUAAAUUUGAUGGAGAAAAAGCUGGAAUGAACAUGUCUUGAACCAUAGAGUUCCUCAUCUGUUCCUUUAUGGGUAGUGGGCUAGACAAAUGUGCAACUAAACUUGUUCAACAUAAUGUUCAAAGAGUACAGUCAUGCAGUAGAAAA